AUGUUUGCGUCGCAGAUUCGUUUAAUACAACUAUUACAUUCUUUGAAACGGGUCCGAUGUUGGAGAAGCGACAGUAGUAGCUCAACUAGUCAAGCAGUACCUUCCACAUCAUCAUCGAUUUCUUCCAAUGAACAACAUCAAUGCUUGAGAAGGGUGAUGGAUGAAAAUGAAAUCAAACAGGAUCGCAAACGUUUCGCAGAAUUAUUCCAACACUCAAAAUUUGUACAGCUUGGUGAUUUUGAAGGACGAAUAGUUAUAGGUGAAAUUAUACGCCGAAUCGGGGAUGAUUUGUAUAUCGAUAUGGGACUAAAAUUUGAUGCUGUAUGUAAAGCACCGGUGAUGAAAAAUGAAAGUUAUAAAAUAGGAGCUAAAGUUCUUCUUCGUCUGCAUGAUCCUGAACUUUCUGAGCUGUUUUUGGGUUCUACAAAAGAGUUAACAUUGUUGGAAGCAGAUGCAACUCUUCUCGGUCUUUAUCAUCCACAGUCAGAUGAAUCAAUGAAAGCUGCUUUUCUUGAAAGCAUAGAAAAAGAGGUGAAGAAAAUUGAAGCGUCGUCGUCGAAGAUUGUUGCUGAUGAAUCAGAAUUAAAAGAAUCUGUUGAAAGUUCUAGCAAGAAAUGA